AUGAAGACUUUUGCUUUCCUUGCCGCUACUGUCCUCGCCCAGAAAAACAAGAACAACUACAACAAUAACAACAACAACUAUAACAACAACAGCAACUACGGCUCUGCAUAUGGCGAUCCCCACUUUAUGGUCUCUUCCAACGACCAGCCAGCCAUUUGCUUCGAUUACAACCCAGAAGCCAACACGAGAAUCGAGCUCCUCAGAGAUCCAGAUACAUCUCUCGAGGUCUCCGCCGCUACCAAAUCAACUGGCAACAAGCACCAUGAAGAUCAAGUGAUCAUGAGCGAAAUUACUCUUUCGACUCCUGGAGGCGCAAAAAUCACCAUGGACCGCGACGGUCUUCAUCUUGACGCUUCCGCCGAAGCAGGCAAGCGAGAUUCGUUCACUGGCGUCUUCGAUUUCGCAGAUGCGAAAAUUGUCGAACACAAGGCGCCAAAUGGAAGCAUGGAUCGAGCACACAUCCAGGUCGGAGAUGCUGUUUUCAUCAUCAAAGCCACAAAGAAGGGAAGCAUGAGUUUCGCCAUCCGCGAGCCACGAGUCAUCGACGAAAACAACGCUGAAAUCAUCCUCAACGGAGGCAAACUCGACGCUACUAAGAAAGACUUCCACCGAACCGCCGACUGCUGGGUUGUUGACGACGAUCUUGCUCAAUUCAAUGACUUGAUCAAGGAGUAA